AUGGAUACGCCAGCGACGGUCGAACAUAACGGCAGCAGUAGUAGUGGUAACACUCGCCCUCCUGAUGAGCGGCCAGCGAAACGACCUAGGAUUCAGAGUCUCAGUGCUUCUCCGAGCAAAAGUCCGUCAGGUCCCAAUCGGAGGAUCAAACCGGGACCAUCCCGUUCUUCUGUUGGUCUGAACCUGUCGCGGGUCACAAGUGCCUCAGACCCCGAAGCAGGCUCCGCUCCCGGCUCUACCACGCCCGCAUCGAGAUCCUUCCCCCUUAGCAUUGACCCAAUACAGGCCACUUUGGCUCUAUCUAAGAUAAUAGGCUCAGAGUCGACAGGUGCAGUAGGAUCGCCAUCUUCACCGUCCACUCACCAGCCGAGCUACGCUGGGCUUCUGAACCAACGCGACGUUCUCCUUCGAGGCUUUAAAGCCGUUCAAGAAUUGCGCGCUCGAGAGAACGGUGGUUCUCCGACUGGAUCACAGGUAGAUCUGGAGACGGUCCUAGUUGAACACCAACAAGCGCUCUCAGAACUUUCCGAGCUCCACUCGAAGCAACACCAACUGGAAGAUCAAAUAACAUGCGCUCAGGAUAGCAUAGACUUGUUGCGCGAGGAGGCGGUGGAUGCGCGAAGUGCUCUCAAGGAGGCGGAGAGUGCACGGGACGAUCUGCGACGUCAACGAGAUGGCUUGACUAAAGAGCUCGGCAACGUGCGGAAGGAGCUUUCAGUCGUGCGUGGCGAACUCGAUGCGGCGCGAGCGGGCUCUCAAAGCGCCCACGUUGGACAACAUACCUCACCCGAAGCAUCACUGGCCGCAGACGCAGAGCCUUCAAGCACAGCUGUAUCAAUGUCACCAUUGCCAGAUGAUCCUCUGAUGGCUGAGCUCGAUGCCAGUCUCGAUGCGCUAAGGCACGACACGGAACACCGCGAGCGGACGCUAGACUCAUACAUGUCGGAGCUUGAAACCACGAACAAUGACUUGGAGGCAGAGCGUGAGAUGUGGCGACUGAAAGCUACCGGUUUGGAAGAUGAAGUGAGGAAACGAGUGGAAGAGGUAGCUGAGUGGCAGCGUCGGUAUGAAGCGCGCGGGACGCGCCUCGCGGCGCUCAUUCACGACAUGAAUGAGCUUCGUGCUCGGGUGGUAUAG